AUGAAAAGAGAAGUUGUUCUUGAGGACAUGCAGCCAGUUGUCUGGGCCGUCACGAUCCCAUUUGCAAUCAUCUGCUUGACAUCAUGUAUCAUUCGUCUCUAUGCGAGACACAUGAUUGCAAAAUCAUUUGGUCCGGAUGAUUGGCUCAUGUUUGUGGGAACAUUCAUAUGGAUAGGCCAGCAGUACAUUGCUUGGAUGUGGACGAUACUUGGAGGAGGUCUGCAUGUCGACAAGGUCUCGGCCGAUAAUCAAUUCAAAAUCAGCGUUUACCUCUUUGUCGAAGAGUUUUGGUACUUGCUACUCCAAUUCAUUAUCAAGACCUCAUUUCUAUUCUUCUAUCGCCGAACGAUAUGCACGAGCGGCCGCUUCAGAACUACGAUAUAUGUCGUCAUGGGGGUGGUAGUUUGUCAAACAAUUGGAACGUGGCUCUUUUAUGGAUUGCAGUGCAUCCCAAUACAAGCUUACUUCCACCCCGAGCUAUACCCGAAUGCGAAAUGCGUUGCCACAAAGUUAUCAUACUACUUGCCGUCUGCUGUUAAUGUCGCGGUCGAUGUCGUGAUAUAUAUUCUACCAAUCUUCCCCCUCUGGAAACUGCAGACCUCGAGACGGCGCCGCAUUGAGCUCAUCGCAAUCUUCACCGCCGGUGGCGGCGCUGUGCUCGUGUCAUUACUGCGCUUCAUCGUGCUCUACCAACUGAGCAACACGACCGACACAACCUAUGUCUUUGGCUCCGUCACCAUUGUCACGUCGAUCGAGUUUGCCGUCGCCAUGAUCACCAACAAUAUGCCGGGCGUGGCCGCCUUUUACCAGAACUGGCGCGGCAAGAACAAGUCGAGCCAAGGAACGUCGUCGGGCACGCAUGGUCGGAGCUAUGAGCUCGGUCAUUUGGCUACGAUUGGGUCGAAACAGCAGAGGAGCAAAGCCGACGGCUAUGGAGCAUCAAAGGAUGAUGACUUCUUUCCGGGGACCGAUAGUGAGGAAGAGCUGAACCCGAGACAUCAUCGUGACAGCCGAACUCUACAAAAGAUAAUGGAGGGCUCUGGAGAGGUAAGAGUCGAAACUAACGUGGUGGUGUCCCAUGGCCCUGUCCCUUCAUCAUCGGACAGAGGCUUGGAAAAGGCGACGGGGGGGUACUUCAAGUUUGGUUGA